CAGUUCGGUAUUGUCUGUUGAAAUUUACAGUCGUUUCAGUCGCUUACAUCGGAACGCCCAUGUAAUUUAUUCAGAUUUCCCGUUGUUAGUUUAUAACAAAUGCGGUGCGAUAUUUCGCAGUGAUUCGUGUUAAAUUUGUGCAAUCGGAAAAGGGACUUAAAAGAGAAAACUGAUACAAGCCUUCGCGAGCUGAGAGAAUGAGUGACCGCGGUAGGAUGCAUAACGAGCGGCAUCGUAGUCGCAGCCACGGCCAUAACAGCCGCUGGUCCGGUGCGGCUGCGUCGCUGGACCGCGAUCGCAAUGGCUCCAACUACCAUCGCGUGCGUAGACCGAUACCACUGCGCCCCGUCAACCCCAGGAACGGAUUACGUGGAGACGUCUUCUACGAGGGCCGGGAGAACUACCACCCGGCUAGGGCUCCUGUGCGUCGUGCAACGUUCUACAACGCUGGAAACUACAUGCCUGGGCUGAGAGAGGAUGAUUUUAAUGGUCGCCUUCAAGGACCGCAAGGAAGGCAACGGAGAUCAGGAAGUGCACAUGGCGCAAGAGGUGCAUUUGGAGCCGGAGGUGCUUAUGGCGCAAGACCUGCAUAUGGCAGAGGAGCUGAAUAUGACGUUGAAGACGCAUUUGGCAGAGUACCUCCUCCUCCAUACGGCGCAGGAGAUGCAUUUGCCGCAGGAGUUGCAUUUAACACCGGAGAUGCAUGCUGCGCAGAAGCCUGCGCGACUACCGUCAAGUGCGCGACUUCCAAUAUGUGCGCAACUACCAUGUGCGCCACUACCACCAAGUGCGUGACUACCAACAACUGCGUGACUACCAUCUUGUGCGCGACUACCAUGUAG